UAUAAAAUUAGACCAAUCGUACGCUUUUAUUUUGUAGUCAAACUUUUAUUACAUCCGGUGGUGUUCUUACCAAAUCUGCCUGACUUAACUCACCUGCUUCAACCUGCUGUUGGGAGGAAAAAGAAGCGAGAAGAGUUGAAAUGGAGACCAGAAAGAAGCUGAUAAACUCAGCAGACAGCUGCGUGGACGAGGCUCUCUGCGGCCUCGUGAGGGCCAGCGGGGGCCUGGCUCUGCUGAAGGGCCACAGAGUCGUGCUUCGGUCCGACCUGGACAACCUGAGGGGCAAAGUGGCCCUGCUGUCUGGCGGGGGGUCGGGACACGAGCCGGCACACGGGGGUUAUGUCGGGGCAGGUAUGCUGUCAGCCGCUGUAGCAGGUGGAGUUUUUGCAUCUCCACCUCCUGCCAGCAUCCUGGCUGCCAUUCUCACCUUGCACAAUGCAGGCGCCUCCGGGGUCCUUCUCAUCGUGAAGAACUACACCGGCGAUCGCCUCAACUUCGGGCUGGCUGCAGAGCAGGCCCGUCAUGGCGGGGUCGCCGUUGACAUGGUGAUCGUUGCUGACGACUGCGCCUUCGACCGGCCCAGUAAGGCCGGGAGGAGAGGCUUGUGUGGCACGGUCUUCAUACACAAGCUGGCGGGGGCCUUGGCAGAGGAAGGCUGCUCACUGGACCAGAUUGUUCUGAAGGUGACGGAGGCUCUGAAGGGGAUCGGUACACUCGGGGUGAGUCUGUCUCCGUGCAGCGUCCCAGGCUGCCUGCCUUCCUUUGACCUGCCGCCAGGAGACAUGGAGCUGGGACUGGGAAUCCACGGGGAACCUGGCAUUAAAAGGUCAAAGGUGGCGUCCGCAGAUGAGGUGGUGAGGACCAUGAUCGAUCACAUGACCAACCCUGAGAGCCAAUCGCAUCUGCCUCUCAAGCCAGGAGACAACGUGGUUGUGUGUGUUAACAACCUGGGAGCUCUGUCUUGUCUGGAGAUGGCUGUGGUGACACGAGUGGCCAUCAUCUGUCUGGAGAGUCGCGGCGUGGUGGUUGCCAGGGUGAUGUCCGGUUCGUUCAUGACAUCGCUGGAGAUGGCGGGAGUGUCGCUGACCGUGAUGAGGGCCAACCGGGAAACUCUGAGACUGUUUGACGCUCAGACCAGCGCCCCCGCCUGGCCAAACCUCAGCAAUGUGUGCGCAAGCGGACGCAGCCACGUCACCGAUCCUCCCGCCAUGAUCACUCGACCACAGGAUGACACACACUCUGAAGGAUUGCUGAGUCCUGUGAUGCGUCAAGCACUAGAGAGAGUUUGUUCCACGCUGUUGGACAAGCAGGAGGAACUGAACUCCCUGGACCGAGCAGCAGGGGACGGAGACUGUGGGAACACUCAUGCACAGGCUGCUAGAGCCAUUCAGGAGUGGCUCCAGCAUCACGCGGUCCCUGGUUGCCCCGGGAAACUGUUAUCAGUCCUCGCUGGAUUGGUGCAGGAGAAGAUGGGAGGAUCUUCUGGAGCGUUGUACAGUCUGUUCCUGACUGCAGCGGCCAGCCAUGUGACUGAGGGGCGGAGCAACGCUGCAGCCUGGGCCAAUGCAAUGCAUGCUGGGACACAGGCCAUGAAGAGAUACGGUGGUGCUGACACUGGAGACAGAACGAUGUUGGAUGCUUUGUGUCCUGCUGUGGACGAGCUGAUGAAGCUGACCACAGCACCACCUGGUGGUCAGAUGGCUACACUGCAGGCUGCUGUUCAGAAAGCGGCCUUGGGGGCGGAGUCGACCCGUACCCUCACGGCGAGGGCGGGACGAGCAAGCUACAUCGCAGCCGAGCGGGUCACCCUGCCCGACCCCGGAGCCGUCGCUGUGGCUGCCAUCUUUAGAGCCGUGCUGGAGUCACUGGAGGGGCAGAAGUAACCCAGAACAAAGUAUCUGGACAGAUGAAUACUCACCACGCUAAUGUGACUAACUGCUGCCUGUGAUUUGUACCUCUUUGAAGCACAUUUCAAGUUUUUGCAAGCUAAGUUUAAUACUUUGCAAACAGGACUUGAAGAAAUUGUUGUUAUUAUUGAUCUGAAUGAUUAUUUAGUUUAACUCUUACAGGGUUGAAUCAUGAACUGAAUAUAGCUUGUUAGCAACAAUGAAAUAG